UCGAGAGAGAGAUGACUAGUGCUGCUGUUUUGGAAGGGGAGAAGAACAUGCUUCUGUCCUUGAAUCAUUGGACGAUCAUCGAUAUCAUUUCUCACUCCUCUAUGCCACGUACAGUUAUCACGUUAUUGCUAUUUUGCUUUUCUGGAUCACCCCAUUUCAUGUCAACGUUGAAGCUUUAACAUCAUCAGAAAUUGCGUAUGGAUAGCCCUCCUUCUGCAUCUUACGUCAUCUUUGCAUGUGAUGCCACUAGGGACCGCACUGAACACGAGAUCAAACUCGUUGUUAAUCAUGUUCGUACCAGGGGUGUCUUUCUUUCUUCUGGUGACAAGUUGCUUGUGCUAUGUGUCUUGCAUAAGGUGUCUCACCCUAUGGGGUACCAGACAUUACCUUGUCCCGAGUCUUUUGCUGGCACCAGCUUUCGUGCAAUGGAGGAAGAAGUCAAAAAGAAAGUUGAUACAUAUGCAAGUGAGCUUUUAUCAAGUUAUGAAGAUUUUGAAAGUGAAGGGCUUAGUAUCGAAGUUAAAGUCACCGCGGGAUUUCCAAUUAAACAGGUUCUUUUACAAGAGGUCACAAACUAUAAUGCAUCUUGGAUAAUACUUGACAGACAUCUUCGGCGCGACAUGAGAUACCACCUUAACAAGAUGCCAUGUAAAGUGGCAUUGGUUAAAGAUGACUUGUCUCUGGAUAUCUGGAGAUCUCAAUAUGCACAUGACACAAAGGUCAUAGAAACAAAGUUUGUAUAUUCUUUGUCAAAGUUGGUGUCUCUAUCAGAUUGUCAUAGCGUUGAAGACAUUGAGCAGUCUAUUAUCUCUUGCAAAAGUUAUCCCCAUUCUAUAUAUUCUUCUGAUAGCUCUAGUACGAUUAGGAGCUAUACAAAGCAGUCAAAUAAGGAUAACAGGUCGCGGGAGCACUGUUCCAUAUCAGAUUUUGGGUCUUCUUCUAAGCAAGAAAGAUCAGGUACAAGCAUCAAAGGAGAAUUUAAGCAUUUGAUUACUUCUCAGAUUGAUCAAAAGCAAAACCAAUGUGACUUUCUGCCAAAACAUUCAGAUGCACCGCUUCUUUGUACUGGCUGUGGGACAAGAACUGAGUUGUCUAUCAAGGAAUCAAUGAGGUUCAGCUAUUCUGACAUACAACUUGCAACAAAUGAUUUUUCAAUGGAUAACUUAUUAGGUGAAGGUGGAUAUGGUCACGUAUAUAAGGGUGUGCUUAAAGAUGGACAGCAAAUUGCUGCAAAGGUAAGGAAAGAAGAAAGUUCACAAGGAUUUUCUGAAUUUCAUUCUGAGGUGUACGUCUUAAGUUUUGCUCGACACAAGAACAUAGUGAUGCUGUUGGGUUACUGUUGCAAAGGAAAGAAAAAUAUUCUGAUUUAUGAAUAUAUUUGCAACAAGUCUCUCCAUUGGCAUUUAUUUGAAAAUAAUGAAGCGGUUCUAGAGUGGCACCAAAGGUAUGCUAUUGCUAUUGGGACAGCAAAGGGAUUGCGUUUUCUGCAUGAGGAAUGUCGUGGUGGUCCUAUUAUUCAUAGGGACAUGCGACCAAGCAAUAUACUUCUAACCCAUGAUUUUGUUCCCAUGCUAGGUGACUUUGGCCUUGCUAAAUGGAAGACUGGUGAUGACACUCUACGAACAAGGAUAAUGGGCACAAUGGGAUACCUUGCUCCCGAGUAUGCCGAAGAUGGUAUUGUUUCUGUGGGAUUAGAUGUGUAUUCUUAUGGCAUUGUUCUGUUACAGUUGAUAUCAGGACGCCAGGUUGGCAAUUCCACUAAUCCAGAACGAGAACAAUCUCUCCGACAAUGGGCUGAGCCAAUUAUUGAAAAGUUGGCUUUACAUGAAUUGAUUGACACCCGUCUAGGAGAAUCAUAUGACACUUAUGAACUCUACCUCAUGGCUAAAGCAGCACACUCGUGUGUUCAAAGGAAGCCUGAGAAGCGUCCAUCAAUGGGACAGGUUGUGCGGUUUCUUGAGGGAGAAAGUAGCCACUUUCACUCCUUGGAAGAUCAAUUUUUACCUAAAUAGUGGUUAAGGUUUCAUCGAUUCUUUAUGGGUGGUUUCUUUUUUUUUUUUUUGUGUGUUCUUUUCAGGAUCUUUGCUUUGGUUUCUCCCUUUUAUUUUUGUACUUGGGGAGAUUAUUUAGUUUGUAAAAAAGGAUUG